AUGCCAAUCGCUCCCAUCGCUGGAAAGCUCCGCAAGAGACUCAUUCUUGACAUCUCUGUCUCCCUUGGUCUUGGAAUCACCGGAGGUUAUGCCUGGUGGAACUUGUAUCACAUUCCCAACGUCCAGCGUCGCGAUGCCUUCUACGCCAAGCUUGAGGCUAACAAGGAAUAA